CCACUUCUAUCACCUUUCAAAUAUUCCCUCCUCAAAUACAAAUAUGAUGCCACCUAUUCUUUCAUAGAGUUGCACACCUGCAUCUUAAAAGCUUAUUGUGGGGGGUUUCAGCAUCUUCCUCUCUUCCUACAAGAUGGUUCCAGAAAUAGAGUUUUCCUGCCAAAAAAAUGCAGAGACCUCGAAUCACCGAGAUACAUGUCCGCAUGGACUGCAACGGCUGUGUGCAGAAGAUCAAAAAGGCACUCAAUGGCAUUAAUGGGAUAUAUGAUCUUUACAUCGACUUUCCGCAGCAGAAGUUAACAAUAAUUGGAUGGGCAGAUCCUGAAAGAAUCAUCAAAGCCAUAAAGAAAGUCAGGAAAAUUGCUACCAUAUGUUCUCAUACAGAAGCACCAGACCCAAAUUCACAGCCAACAGAGCCACCACCACCAGAUGGCGCAGCAGCCCCAUCAUCAGAUGGAGGGGUACCACCACCAGAAGGAGGUCCACCUCAAGAUGGAGGAAACCCUCAGCAAGCAGAACCUCCAAGAUCAGAAGAAGCACCUCCUCCUCCACCACAAGAGCCACCAGCAGAUCAACCCCCACAACCACAACCACAACCACAACCACCUGAAACUUCACAGCCACAAAGUACACAACCUGAGUCGAACCCUCCACCUGAACCUCAACAAAGCCAGCCAACAGAUAAUUACAAACCUAAGGAUGUGGAGGAAGUUCACGUAGUAUACCACCAUCCGCCUGAAUACAGUCACAGAUAUGGUUAUAGCAAUGAAUACAGACCUAGAUACAGUCAUGGCUAUGGACACUGGAGCAGCCAUCAAGAACCUAGUUAUAGACACGAGAGACCUCAACCUAUUUAUCAUGAGCCACCCCCUCAAAUUGUAUAUCAUGAGCGUCCUAGGCCCAUCUAUCAUGAACCACCACCUCGAACUGUAUAUCAUGAGACACCGCCUCAUGGUGAUUAUCAUGAAACACGACCACAUCCUGUUUAUCAUGAGCCACCACCUCGACCCAUUUAUCAUGAACCGCCGUCCAGACCUGGUUAUCAUGAACCCUCGUCUCAACCAAGUUACGCGACUCACAGUUACAACAUGUACAGGCCAUCACCUUCCAUCACGGAAUACCAAUAUGUACAAUCAUCACCGCAGUACCCAACUUAUGGUAUGAUGGACCACUACAACAUGGAUCCAUAUCGGAAUGGUAGUGCUAGUAAUGGGAACGUUGCCUCUAUCUUCAGUGAUGAAAAUCCAAAUGCAUGUACAAUUGUAUAGGUACAAAAUUUUCAUUGCCAAUGGAAAAUCCAUUUUUUUUUGUCCUUCCAUGUUGCUUGGUUGGAAAGUAACGGGCCAUAGCAGACAUUACGUGGCAGUACUGUACACAUACAAGCCAAUGAAAGUGCUGUGACCAGAAUGAGAUUCUUGCUUGUGGCUAGAGAAGAAUCGAUGCCAAAAAGCUGCCUUUUCCAGGGGGCUAAUAUACUACCCUAUCAAACAAAUAUAUAAAACUAAUCUAUAUGCACAUUUAUAUGUU